AAGAAAUCAGGAACGGGCGGAAAGCAAGAUUGACCUUGCUGACAACUCGUACAGUUGGAUCGAGUCCAGCAAAUACACCCCUUGCGUUGUCUGUUCUGUCGAAUUCUCGCGUCUCGCAUUCUUAUAGUCGACUUGUCGCCAUGUCCGUACGAUAGAGAGUGUUCAACUGUCCUGCAGCUGUUUUUCAACCCCUUUGGGUUGUUUGGGGAAACUCUUGUUGGCGGCCAUUUUGAAGUCAUCGAUUGGGAAAAAAAGUUGGUUCAACAUGUUUGGGUGGCUCACCUUGAUCAUUGACUACUUUGCGCCGUUAUUUCUGAUCCUGUCCCCGAUCACAUCCUAUGCCGACCAGAUCGCUUCCAUCCACCGAAGGAAAACGAGCGAGGGGUUUUCGCUGGAUAUUCCCUUGAUUAUGCUCCUGGCCUCAAUUCUGAAGGUCUUCUACUGGUUCGGCGCGUACUACGACACAUCAUUGCUCGUGCAGGCAUGCCUGAUGAUUGCGGUUCAGCUGGUGCUGUUGAAGGUCGCCCUUGACAAUAAGGCUCCGAUCGGUGUAAAAGACGGCGUGGCACACACACCUUUCCAUGAGUACACUGCGGAGGAUGGACUGAAAGAUCUGUUGGCUGGUCGACGGCCAUUUGAUUUCUGGCGUUGGAGCAGUUCCAAAGCGUAUUUUUCAUUCAUAGGCUAUUUUGCAUCAGGCCUUGCAGUCAUCCAUAUCUUUCUUCCCUUCAUCUCCGGCUCGCCCGCCUAUAUUGCCCUACUAGGCUACCUGGGACUGGCCAUCGAGGCGUUGCUGCCCAUUCCCCAGAUUCUCAAGAAUCACCAGGCUCGAUCUUGUAAAGGGUUCCGGCUAUCGGUCAUUAUCAACUGGCUGGCCGGUGACACAAUGAAGAUGAGCUACUUUUUUCUCAGCUCCAAAGUGGUUCCCUGGCCGUUCCGACUCUGUGGUAUUUUCCAGGCUUGCUGCGACAGUUAUCUCGGCUUGCAGUUUUACAUGUACGGAGAGGGCUCGAUCUCGGCGCCAGGAAUUCCAAUGGAGUCGUCGGAAAAACCGGGCAUCAUUGGCUGAGCAAAGUCAUUGGCAUGGUGAUGCAGAGAUCUUGGUUGUUCACGGCCAAGAUGCUGAGGACUUGGUGCUCAGAGAGGAGGCAUAACGGAGCCAAGGUCUUACAUCGGGGGGAAGUCCUGUCGAGAAUAGACACAUACGUUGGCGAUGAAAACGUGCUCAUGGACAGAGAUUGUGCUGCGACGUUUCCAACUUGAGAGAAAGUUCCAUCGCAGCGAAUACUUAGUUCAGAAGGACUUCUGGUAUACACAUGGUUUGACUGGGACAACGUUCAGCCUCUUCGACCUGGUGCCUGGAGCCAGAACAGCGACCCGAUGCGAACGACACUCUAGAAGGUAUGGGGACCGACCCAAGGAACAUUGGUAGGCAAUUCUGUCCAACCAAGGGUCAUGGGCGCUCGGGAGUGGCGUCAUCAUGCCUGAACACACGGCCAAGGGGCGGAAGUUUCGGGGUGGGCGCCAAUUGGUUUAGGCGACCAAUCAUUACCAAAGGUCCACCAACCCAUCAUGCCACCAUCAUUCAGUCAAGGCUGAGGCCACGCAAUUCUGUACAGUGGCACGGUGGCAUUGUCUUGUUUAGCAAGAUUCUGCAUAGGGUGAUUCGUUGCAACGUGAACAACGUAACGUGAUUUCCCAAACCCAGCUUUGGCGUCGAUACUGGGUAUACUUGGCAAUAAUGCAGACGAGAUAGCACAAAUUCCGCAAAACCAGCUGACUGACAGGGCUUAGGAUGAUGGCCUUCAUUUAUGUCCGGAGUGCAUGCUGCAACAUCAGCACUUGGAGUCUCACUUCACUUAAUUCUCCAUCUACCACGCUCAUCUGUGUCGACAUGGGCCUACGAGGCAUCCGUUUUCGUCGACGCGGUCAACAUGGACAUAUACGAAUGUGCAUCUGGGGCAUCUACAACCUUAUCGUCCCGCCACAUGCGCCAAAGGUGUGAAGGUGGACUGACAGCAAGACUGGGGUCUUUCAGAGACAAAAGAAGCAAACACAUUAAACCACAUUAAGACGACCUGUUGAAUAAGAUAACUCGGAUUGUUGUCGAAACGAGAAAACAUCAUACCUACGUCAUUUGCCUGGUAGAAGUGGAAAGUUGAAGCCACGAAUACGAGGUUCAAGCCACAGAUACGCAGGGCCGGGGCAUCUGACGGGAUGUGUGGAUGUUAGCCAACAUCCGAUCCAGGGUAAUACCGAUCUCCGAUAAGGCUGCCUUGGUUGAGUUGAGAGGAAUUGGUGAGGGAGUUCACGACAAAAUCGACCGAGAUGGACGAAAAAGGACGAUCGCGCGAGAGAGAAAGACCAAAGAGCCAAUCGGAAAAAGAAAGAACCAAAACCCCCGGCGGACGUACUACUUAAAUCCUCCGUCCAAUUUGCGGUCAUAUUUUGGUUUCAAUUGACACGAAGGAGGGCGAGCCCUCAACAGACGAGGGAAUAUCACCGGAAGGCUUUAUCCGGGAGGGCGGAAUUUAUGUUAUCGCAGUUCUAACUCCUGAGGACUAGGAGGCAACCCAUUCCAACCCAGGACAGAAUUGCUGUAGUCAAGGGUCAAUGAAUUCAGAAGAAUGUUAAAGCACAGACCGGGCUUCGUAGAAUGAUAGAAAGAAAGCACGAUGGAAGUCAAAAGUGACGCCUGCUGUUUACACUUCUGAAGAGUUCCCACG